CAAAUUCAUCAACACUUGCUCAAACCGCGCCAGUCCGAGUUCGACAGCAUGAGGAACGAGGAUGCGCCAGUCGUGCCGCUUCUUCCUCCACCCAAGGCCGCGACAUGCGUCGUGACUGCAUCGUCGACGUGCCGACGUCCGCUGAGCAAGGCGGCGCUGCGGAAGGAAGCGUCUUACGUGUUCAAGUACCUCCUCUUUGCGCAGGUGACGGUGUACCUUGAGACGGGCACGAUUCCGUGCUUGCUGGACUCGUUCGCUGCUGUGUUCAACAUGAACGCGCGAGAACAAGGCUGGCUUGGUAGUGUCGUGUACAUCUCGCUGUGCGCGGCAUCACCGCUCAGCGCGAUCGCGUACAAGCACGUGGACGCCAAGUACGUCUUGGGGAUCUCGCUCGUGCUCAACAACCUGUGCGUGCUUGGAUUCGCGAUGACUCCGACGGGAUUCGAAAAUAGCUCGAUCGUCCUCAUCACGAUGCGAGCAUUGAUCGGGUUCACACAGUCCUUUCUGUGUGUGUAUACGCCGCUGUGGGUCGACUCGUUCAGUCCGCGCGGGAGUGUCGCCGGGUGGAUGAGCUACCUCCAAGGCAGUGUGCCGCUUGGAGUUAUGUUUGGCUACCUCUUUGGGUCGGUUAGCAACUGGCUCAACACAGACAUGUGCUUGUUCCAGUGCUGGCGAUGGCCGUUUCUGCUUCAGUUUGUUCUGGUCGUGCCGCUCAUGGUCGGGGUCUUCUUUGUCCCGAGUGAGCAUUUAAACAUCAUCAAGUCGGCGCCAAAAACCAAGAAGCUUCCGAUCCAGUCGGCGAUUGCAUCGUCAAGCAACGACGACUUUUCUGGCGACCGCAACGAGACCCAUCCUGUCGUCCUCGAAGAAAUGGUGCUUACACGCCACCUAUCCCACUCGAACUUGAGCGUUUCUUUCCGUGAUGCGGAGCUCAACCCAGCCCAAUUUACAGCGAUCCGGGCGUCGUACAUGACCCCUCGCUUUCGCAUGGACUCGUAUGAUAUCGAAUCGCUCUUUCUCGACGACCAAGACGUCGUCCACCACGUCCACCAUCAUCAUGGCCACCACCACAAUCCAGCAUCCACGACGUCCACCUAUGGGUCUGUCGGAGGCCCCGAGCCACCGGAGCUCUCGACAUUUCGCCAGGAAGAUCGCUUGUCGACGAUUGCCAGCAGCCACGGACGAGAAUCGACCGGCAUCCCAUUCGCCGACAGCACUCGCUCGUCUUUACCUCCUCGACCAUCGAACUCGUGUCCCGAGGUUCAAAGCAGCCAAAGCGCAAACCACCCGUCGCAACCAAAAUCAGCGCCGCCGGUCCUGCCUUCCGUGAAUGAAGUGACCAACUCAUCGUCUUCGAUGGAAGAGGCAAUGUUGUUGCCUGCGUCCACUGUGCCCCACCAACCCCUUCCCGUGCUUCGAUCGUCCUCGCACCGGUCGUGUCGGGGCUUGUCGAGCCAAGUGAGUCACGGAGACGCCGAUGACGACGAGUACGAAGAAGACUUGUACUUGGACGAAGACAUGGGGUUUUUCCAAAGCCUGGGCGUUCUUCUCAUGCGGCCCCUCUUCACAUUGAUCGUGCUGGGCCUGAGCGCAAUUUACUUUGUCGUGACGGGUGUCCAGUUCUGGUCGACAAUUUACCUCGAGCGCAAUUUCGACGCGUCCGUCGUCAUCGUGAAUGGUUUGUUUGUGGUUGUCGCGGGAACUGGGCCGAUUUGGGGCGUGUUUUUUGGAGGCGCUCUGAUUGAUCGUGCAGGAGGGUACAUGGGCCUCCACCAACGCGCCAAGGCCCUCGGAAUCUGCGUUUGUCUCGGCUUUGUCGCGUUUUCUCUCGGUGUUCUCACAACAUUUCUCCCCAACUUGUACCUGACGGCGGCCAGUUUGUGGCUCUUGCUGUUCUUUGGCGGGUCCAUCCUUCCAUCGUGCACUGGCAUCUUUAUCAGUGCCACCCCCGUGCAGCUCCGGUCGUUGGCAUCGUCCGUGUCCGUCAUGGUAUUCAAUUUACUCGGAUAUGCCUUGGCUCCAGCGCUGACCGGGUCGUUCAUGGAAUUGAUCGACAACCACCACGACGACCCGACGAGUUACUGGUUUGGCUGCGACGAAGCGUGCAUGUAUCGCGUCGGGUUUCGAUGUUGCUUGGCAUGGAGUGUCUGGUCAUUGCUGUCGAUGCUCGCAGCAUACAUUGUCGCCAAGCGACAAGCGGCGGCUGCUGGCCCAGCUGCGCACGAAAACGAAAAGUCGCCCGAACCACCCGUUGCCAUGAUGAUGCACUAGGUUUUGUGUCGUCGCAAUAUCCCACCAAGCUCCCGACGACCAACAAAAUAGAUGCAGGACAUGAAAAUAUACCCAGUGUCGCUCUUGGAAACGACGUGGUGCUGACGACAUUCUUGCGUGUGUGGUCGAAGGUUAGCCCAGAGUUGAAUCCCGUGCACAGUGCGGGCUCUUUGCACGCCUGGACGGACACAGAUAUCGAGCAACAC